AACCCCAACAAGACUCCUCCUAGUCUCAACCCAGUCUCCUCUCAAAGUCCCGUUCAACACAGCGCCUAGAACCUACCGUUGAAACUUAUCGAUACAGCUUCGGGUCCCGGCGAUUGUUGUGAAUACCUUCCGCUAUGAAUCCACCUUGUGGAAGAUGCAGCAAAGCCGUGUACCCCACGGAGAAGGUGAACUGCCUCGACAAGUUCUGGCACAGGAGCUGCUUCAGCUGUGAGGUCUGUAAGAUGGCCCUCAGUAUGACCACCUACAAGGGCUUUGGCAAGAAACCCUACUGCUCCAUGCAUUACCCCAAAUCCUCCUUCACCAUGGUAACCGACACCCCAGAGAACCUCCGCCUCAAACAGCAGACCAUGCUCAACAGCCAGGCCCUGUACAAAGAAGACUUUGAGCGGAGCAGGGGGAGGGGCUUCAGCGUUGUCACGGAUACGCCUGAGAUGCAGAGGGUGAAGAAAACCCAGGACCUGAUCAGCAACAAUGCGAGGAGCAGGCAACAGCAGAUGGUUCCGCCCCACUCCGGGCCGCAGCUCCUGCUGCCACAGCGCCCCUUGGUGGACCGAGGGCCGCGGUUCCAGGCGCUGUAA